AUGUCAUUGCCAAAGCGCCGAAAGUUACCUUGGGCACGCCAUGGGGAAAGUGCAGGUGAGUCUGCCCCGCUUCCUGCGCCCUGCAGCCCGCCGGACUCGGCGUCACCCGAAGCCUGUGCUGCGGAGACGGCAGCGUCGUCAUCGGGGAGGGCACCGGAGUUAGCCAGGACAGCUGCUGAAACCUCAGCACCUGCAGCGUCCGCGAGGAAGGCCGAUGAAGGGCCUUCUGCGAGCCGAAUGGCUGCGACUGGUCGGACAGCGGCAGAUGCUGAGAAGGUUCCGGAAGGAGGGAAAGCCUCCCACGGAGCAGAUGGCGCAGGUCGUAGUGCAGACGGUGCAGCUGGGAGCCGAGCCGCUGUGGUAUGGGAGUUCAGUGUGAAGGAUGGCUUCAAGGCUUUCGACAAAGAAUGCCAAGAGUUGGUGGAAACCCUACAUCGAGCUUUUCUGGCUGGUGGUAAUCGUGUUGGCCAUGUGCCUAUGGGGAAGCAGACAAUCCUGGUAGACUUCAUUGACAUGAAGCAACGCUUGGAAGGAGGAGCUCGAGAGCGCAGCGUGCGACGGUUGGCUUGUGCUUACCAGCGCAGGCUACGCAACGGGGAUCACAUGGUAGACAUGUACAUGAGGAUACCUAGAGAUUUCCAGGUAGUGACUGGCGCCAACAAGGGGGUGGGCUUCCAUGUGGCUCGACAGCUUCAGGAGGCCGGACUGCGGGUGAUCAUUGCCUGCCGCAACGAGCUUUUGGCAAAACAGGCAGCUGCCACAUUGGGCUGUGAAUAUGAAAUCUUGGAUUUGGCAUCAGAUGCUUCAAUCGAUGCCUUUGCCAAGCAGAUGGAGACGAAGUAUGCGCAACUGGAUGUGCUGGUGAACAACGCCGCCAUCGCCUUUAAGGCCGCGGAUCCCACGCCCUUCAAGGAUCAGACCGUGCCAACGUUGGCGAUCAACUUCUUCGCCACCAUGCGCCUCACGGACCGGCUCCUACCUUUGCUUCGUGCUUCUGCCAUGAAAGGCGGCCGCCCGAAGAUUGUGAAUGUGGCCUCCAUGGCCGGAAAACUACGGCAACUGAGCCCAGCCCUGCAGGCGCAGUUUGCUUCGGACACCUUGGAUCGCAACAGAUUGGUGUCUCUCGUUGAGAACUUCGUGGCAGCAGUGCAAUCUGGACGGCACAAAGAGAUGGGAUGGAGCAAUUCCAACUAUGGCAUGUCGAAACUGGCCUUAAUCGCCUUCACGCGCUUGGUGGCGCGAGAGGAGCCGACAAUUCAGGUGAAUGCGUGCUGCCCAGGUUACUGCCGGACUGACAUGUCCUCGAAUCGCGGUGGUCAGGACCCAAGCGUUGGGGCGCGCACGGUAGCGCUGUGUGCGCUGCUGUCGCCGAGCGCUCCCAGUGGUGCCUUCUUUGAGAACCAACAAAUCUCUGUCCAAGAUGCUGAAGCAAAAGAGACCGCAGAGGCCAAAGGUGAGGCAACAAGCAAAGCCAAGAGGAUGCUCGCCCGUGCCGCCAAGCGUCGGCGCACGAGCCAACCAGAGCUGGACUACUAUCAGAUUCUGGGGCUACGCCGUGAUGCAAAGCACCAGGACAUCAUCCGGGCCUACCACCGGGAAGCGAAGCAAACCCACCCAGAUCGGCCUGGAGGCAGCAAAGAGGCGUUCCAAACCUUGGCCCAUGCUUACGAAGUGCUCGCUGACGAUGCGAAGCGACAAGCCUACAACGCCAGCAUAGUGGAGCGAGGCAGCUGUGAUGGGGCUGCGGCCACCCAUGAUCCAAAGCCAAGGUGUGAAAGGCACAUCUUGGCCGAGCAUCCUGAGGCCUUCGUGAAGCUUCUUCUUAGCUGCAAAAUGGCGCUGUGGGCGCGGCUGCUCAGAGGUUUGACAGGAGCGCAACUGCAGAAGCUUCUUGAUUGCUUGCACUUUGAGGAGAAUGGGCAGAGGUUAUUGACCCGCAGACAAGCUGGGGUGUCCUACUCUCAAGAUCUCCGGCGACCUUGCUAUUUGUAUGCAGGUGCGGGGAACAGCUUUUGGGCAGAGGUCCUCAUUCACGGCAUAUGUUUCGCCACCCCUCGUACUACGUCCAGGGCAGUGGCAGCCUACUACCAUUCCGCGGUAGUGGAGCUGAAGCGAUUGGUUCAAGAAGGCAUAUCGGCAAAUCCUUUCGGCAGUCUUGAAGAUGCAAUUAUCCGUGGGCUUUCAGGCCUGGACACCCAAGGCUUGACUUGCCCACUUUUGUUUUCUGUGCGUAUUACUAGUAGAAGGUUUGGAAAUAAGGAUUUCCGAAGCAGCACUGUGGAUGACAUCCAUGUGGCUCUGACGAUGAGACAAGAAUCAUACAAUGCUGCCAGCGCCAAAGCGUUGAAGAAGCUGAAGGAGAAAUGGGCGCAGAUGGCAGGUGACGGGGCUGAAAAGGCUCAGGGCUUAAGGCAAAAGACCGCAUCGCGGCUCGCAGGCUACAUCUUGGCGCAGCAAGAGGCCAGAAAAGACGCUCCUUUGGCCCGGGUUCGCAGAUCCUUCAAGCAGCCGGCAGAUGUCGUGGUCCAGGUUCCCUUUCUUGGUCAUUGGGCCUCAACGCUUGGACUUGGACCAGAUCAGCUCCGAAAUCGCCUCAGCUCAUUGGAGGGCCAACAAGCCCUAAAGGACUUCUUUGCACGGCAUCCUUUCGCACUUGAGGAUACGAAGUCCACCAAACUUCCCAGAGAAGUGUUCGGUUUCAUUGGCCUUGUGGAUCUUUGCCAGCUCUUGGUGCUGAACAAGGAGUACUGUGAAAUGGGGAAGGAGCAGAUCAAGACCAGAUGCCAGGGCACCUUCACCCCAUCUACCCAGGACUUUGGAAAUGAAUGUCAGCACCUCAUUGAAUUUGUGAACUGGGGAUUCCUACAGCAAACCCGCCUCAUUGAUUUGCGACACCUUCCGGCUGAAGCACGCAGUGAUUUCCUGUGGGCUGUGCUUUGUACAUUGGAAAAGCUGGAGCGUGUGCUAGUGACGCACGCGAAAAAGAAACGGAAAACGAAGAAAGACGAAGGUCAGAAGGAAACUGAGGUUGAGGCUGAGGCGCCAAACAGCGACAUUCUGGCGGCUUUGAACAUGGACUCCGCCGAGGAUGUGCCUGCCUCCGACAGUGAGUUGGAGAUGGAGGAGGAAGCAGAGUGGAGACGUUUGCGCACCCCAUCACCAGAGCCACGCAACCGCUCAUACGAACUGCCGGAGGCAUUUUGUGUCAAGUCGGUAUUGCUGGCAACAGAACCUGCUGCUCCGUGCCUGCCUAGUCAAAUCCUGCAAUCGCAAAGAGAGAUGGCCAUGCCAUUGAAGGACCCUUCGUCUCCUACGCUCUGCAAUGUUGCUGGCUCGUCGCCGUCCUUCACAUCCGCUACGUGGCGUGGGCUGGGCCAAAUGCCAAGCGUGGGACAGCAGGCUAUGCUGGUUGUGGGGCUUGAUCAGUCCAAGGCCAAGAGCAAGGGAAGCUCCUCCUACAAGGAUGGCCCGUUCUCCGACACUUGGCCCCCUGUUGCAGCCUCUCCAAUCGCGAGUGGCAUGACAAGCAGGAAGACAACAGCCAGUUCAUUCACUCAGGUGGAGUUUUUUCCGGAGGAUGUACCGUUCUACCAGGCUUCAAUGGAUGCUGUGAGCGGAAUUGUAACCAUCACAGGAGUUGAGACAAUGAGACCUUCUCGAGGAAGUGAAGGUCAUCCUCACAACUGCCAAGCUGCGUGCAAAUAUGUUCGCAAAGCUCGUGGAUGCAAGGAUGGUGAUAACUGUGCACACUGUCACCUGUGUAUUUGGAAAAGUUCCACGAAGCAGACCGCAAAGCGCCGCUGCGGCAAGGUGGCAAGGCCCUUGAGUCUUCCAUUGACGUGA